ACCGCCAUAUUAGCGCACACUACACGCAUGCUUUCAAUGGCGUCUAUGUCUUGAAGUUUCUAGAAAAUUUUUUGAACGUAGGCAAGGAGGUUUCGUGAUUGCAUAAAUAGUAACGACUGACUUCCGAACGGGAAGGUUUUCUUUACAAGUGUCUUAGUUAAAGAAUUAUUAUAUUUUUCUCAAAAAACUUUCGCGUACUUAGAUUAGCAUUUUCUGUCCUUUAAAUUUGACUUUUCACGUAAAACAGCGACGUUUAACUGUAUUAAGUAUAGAACUAACUGUCAAAAAAAAAACCUAGCUUCUAGUACUAUCGCUCAGUUACUCAUUGCCGAUCGCCUUUAAAUAGUAAUAACACAGUAGUCGUAUUCAAUUAGAAUACUCAUUUUAGUUGAGUUUUAUCAUCUUAAUUUAGUUUUAUCGAAAUGGCAAAGUGGGGAGAAGGUGAUCCACGCUGGAUUGUUGAAGAAAGACCUGAUGCCACCAAUGUAAACAAUUGGCAUUGGACAGAAAAAAAUGCAUGCGCUUGGUCGCAGGAAAAAAUUAAAGAUCUUUUCACAAAUCUGAUCAUUGACGGUGAUGGAGUAUCCUGUAAAGUGACAGAGAUUGAGAAAUGCGAAGGAGAGGCUGUAGCUAAUAAUAGAAAAGGAAAACUAAUUUUCUUUUACGAAUGGAAUAUCGUGCUCAAGUGGACAUCGCUUGAUAAAUCAGAUAAAGAUAUUGAAGGGAAAAUUAACAUUCCAAAUCUAUCGGAAGAGAACGACAUAAGUGAAGUAGAUAUUGAAAUUACAUUGAAAGAUAGCACUGACGAAGGUGAAAAAGUAAAACAUUUCUUGCAUACGAAAGGAAAAGAAUUAAUAAGAGAAAAAUUAAAGAAAUAUGUGUCCUCUCUGAAAGAAGAAUUCACGAAAGGAAUGAUACUUCCUAAAAAAGAUAAUGUGAGUGACAAUAUUACGAACAUAACAUCUGGCUUUAACGUUAAAAUGCAAAUGAAUAUUGCUCCUAAACAAGCCGAACAAAAUAACGUAUUAGGAUGUAAAAUUUCAACUACUACUAUAAAACAGCAACAAAAGUUCCAAUGUAGAGCCGAAGAAUUUUAUAAUGUGUUUACUACGUUAGAGAUGGUUCAAGCCUUUACGAAAGGUCCCGUCAAACUCGAGCCGAAAAAGCACGGAAAGUUCGAAUUAUUUGGCGGAAAUAUAUAUGGAGAUUUUAUCGAAAUUUCUCCUACGAAGAUAGUACAAAAAUGGCGCUGCAAACAGUGGCCAUCGGGACAUUUUAGUAAAGUAACUAUUAACAUCUGUGAAAAGAAUGAUCAUACGGAAGUCAAUCUAAUUCAAGUUGAUGUUCCAUCAAGCGAAGAGGAUUCAACAAAAGAGAAUUGGGAAAGGUAUUAUUGGGAUGCUAUUAAGCGAACAUUUGGAUUUGGAUACUUUAUGUGAUCUAAAUUCGUCCUAAUGAAUAUUUAUUUAUUGAUAAGUAGAACAAUUGCGAAUCGCACGCAAUCGCCCUUUGUAUACUGUCACACGCGUUAUUCGCUUUGUUGACUCGCGGAUUUUAGAAGAGAAAAUGGCUGAUCGAAAUUAAGAAAAAAAAUAAGAGAACAUUUUCAUUUGUAUCCAAAUACAAAUGACUUUCACGCUGCUAUGUAUUUUCAUUGUACGUACGUACUACCGUUUAUACAUUGCAUAAACAAAAAAAAAAACGAAAAAAAACAAGGAAAAAAAAGGAAUAAGAAUUUAUAUUAUUGCGAUCUUGAUAUCAACCUGACACAGAAAUGUACGUCAUUAUUGAUAGUGCAUGUGUAAUCUAUAAAUAAAGAAGAAAGAAGAAAUAAAAUACUGAUAUAUGAUAAAU